GAACAGCAGGACAGACAGAAAAAAAACACGGUAUGACUUGAAGUGGAGCCGCCAGAUAACCAGCACAGGUAUCCCGCCCUGUUUCACGGAUUCAGGGGAAGAUGGGGGGCUCUCAGAGCGUCCAGAUACCAGGUGGAGGAACCGAAGGCUAUCACGUCCUAAGAGUGCAGGAAAAUUCCCCCGGUAAUCGUGCAGGACUGGAGCCAUACUUUGAUUUCAUCAUCUCUGUUUGUGACACCAGAUUGAAGAGGGACAACGACACGUUGAAGGAGCUGCUGAAAACCAACGUGGAGCUGCCCGUCAAGAUGCUGCUGUACAACAGCAAGACGCAGAYGGUGCGGGAGACCACAGUCACGCCGAGCAACACGUGGGGUGGCCAGGGGCUUCUGGGGGUCAGCAUACGCUUCUGCAGCUUCGAAGGAGCCAAUCAGAACGUCUGGCAUGUCUUGGAAGUUGAGCCAAACUCUCCCGCAGCCCUGGCUGGUUUGAGGCCUUACAUCGACUACAUCAUCGGAGCGGACAUCGCCAUGCACGAGAGUGAAGAUCUGUUCUCCCUCGUUGAAGCUCACGAAGGGAAGGAGCUGAAGUUGUACGUUUACAGCACAGACACAGACAACUGCCGCGAGGUGGUCAUCACCCCCAACUCGGACUGGGGAGGAGAGGGCAGUCUUGGAUGUGGGAUUGGUUUUGGCUACCUGCACAGGAUACCAACACAGCGGACAGAAGACGACCAGAAAGUUGGACUUCCUGUUCAGACUCGUGGCGAAGCAGCUCAUCCAACUAAAGAUGGCUUCACAGAAGUCCAUCUCUCUGCCGUCAUUCCAACCGUUCCAGUUGUGUUGUCAUCUUCCACUGGAUUGGAGCAGCCUCUCACCAGUUUAUCCAUCAGUUCUAAUCCAACAGCUGUCAACAACCUACCAACAGGAGCUCCUAUUCUCCCACCGUCCAACCAAAUAAGCCCCUCUCAGGCCUUUCCACUGUCUGCUCAUGAUGCUCCGACACUUUCAGGUUUUCAACCCCUUCCUGGAGAUCUUCCACCUCUUCCUUAUAUGCCAAACCCAAACGUCACUUUGCCAAAUGUGAAUCAUGUGCCACCUGCAGUUGGMUUACAACACACAGGUUUUUCACCUCUUCCUCCUCUCAACCUGCCAGCAGGAGUCCCACCAGUAUCUCUACCUCCAGCUGACUACCUUUACCCACAAUUCGCUGCUCAAGCAGAAACGACRCAUGCACACAACAGCACAUCUCCCUCUGCAAGCAUUCAGAUGAACAAUUCACUGGCCAAAACACCCAACCUCUCGUCAGCGACCACCUCUGGAUCAAUAAAUAUCACCAUAUCUGCAGACUCCUUAUAGCACAAAGUGACACUAAAGGAUGACACCUUGCUCUAAAGUCCUUACCAGUCCAUUUGCUGCACCACUCAGCUGACAAAUUGGUCUUUUACAACAAUCUGAAGUGUGUUUUACGAGCUCACAGAUAUACUGGUGCUACACUGCUGGUCUGAUCAAAUUCAGCAAAACCUGGCCUAAUUUUUAAAACCAUUUUAUCACCACACAUUUUCACAAAAGAGAAUGAAAACACACUUUGUAUCGUGUUAUUUCACUUUUCUGAGUUAUCAGUGUGCACCGUUUGGAAAACUGGUUACUUCAGAUGUGGAAGUCAGCAUCAUUUCAUAUGUAUGGUUUGGCCACUGAGUUUCAAAGGAAUGYAUGGUUUGAGGUCAAGUUGAGGAUUUUCUGUUAAAUUGCAGGUUUGCAUCUUGCACAGUUGUCAUAUCAUUUUUGGAUUUGUAUAAAGUAAAAUUUAAUAUCUUCAUUA